CUUGACAGUGAGCAGGAUUUUGAAAAGGUCUUGUCCCGGACGAGUAGUUGUCGUCUUUCUUCUUCCUACAUGGAAAUUAUAUUCUUACGUUGCUACUCUUCCAAAAGUUGCCAAUCCUUUGGGAGGCGUGCCGCAAUUGACAGCCGCGGGUAGCGAACGCUUUUUUCACGGAUUCUCGCGAGAAGCUCGUUACGUCUUUCCACUUCCGGCACGAUGCUAUCGUCGCUGCGCUACUCCUCCGCGAGAUGUCGGGUGUCACUGGCAUGUCGUUACCAAACUAAGCCAUGCGCUGGCAAUCCUCGGUGUGCAAUUCCUAUUCAAAGUAAAUCUGCCGUGGGCUUCUGGAAAUGUGACACUUUUGGAGACCAGAGAGCAUUGCCAAUUCGAAGCACCCGAUGCGUGUCGACCGAUACCAAUACUCCUUCAAUAGAUCCCACCACUUUGUCGACAAUCGACCACGUGACGAAAGACACUAAUCCUCGCACUGCGACGGAAGAUUUGUACGAAAAACUCGAGCAUACAUCCCUGUCGCUCUUGACUCAAACUCCCAUUUCUCUCUCGCACCAAACCGACAUUGUCAAAGUUUUGGAAGCUUGGAAGCUUCUGUUACCCAAACUUCAAGAGCUGGAUGAAAUACCUGAUAGAACGCUGCCUACGAAUCAAUGCAGUGCGGCGAUAUCCCGUAUGCAGGACCUUUACGAACUUUGGAAACGCCGACCAAUUGUCACUAACCGCCCCUUUCAAAUCAUGCUGGAAGUGUUCGCGCACACGCCGACGAUCAGCGACAACAGUAAUGCGCGUGGUAUGGCUGCACUCCAGGUUCUGGAAGACUGGAACCGAUCGUUUAUGGGGGACAUGGAGCUAGAACCGCGCCGUACAGAUUAUCACCUUGUCCUUCACGCCUUUGGCAAUCAACCCCUAUCUUUGAGUUCCGCAUACAUUGAGCCAACUACUGCCGCCCAACCCGGCGAAGUCGCGCAGGAAAUUAUGACCCAACUCGUGGCCUGGGGUGUCACCAUGAAACCCACUGCCGAAACCUACCAAUUGGCGAUAAGGUGUUUGACAAGGGGCAUCCAGCAACUGACGACAUCCUGGGAUAACGAACGUGACACCGAGGUAAUGUCGAACGUUGAGCAGCUUCAACACACGGUGCGUGAGUAUGCGUCGCGUCUUAUCAACUUAACGGUAUCCUCUGGCUCUUCAUCGUCCAUGACCAUCUGGCUGGGGCUUUCUGACGCCUUCCAAGCGAUGCAUGUACCGGUGGAUCGGUUUGAAGAGGACGGCCCCAAAAGAAUUCAAGACGCGGAUUGGUAUCGGCAAACUUUACCGGUAUGGAAGCAGGCACUAAUCGAGAGCCGAAGAGCAUUGGACCGGAGAAUAUUGCGUGAAAAUAUGGAUCGCACGUGUAAAGCUCUUCUGUUACUGCACGAGCGGUACUUGGAACCAGCAGAGCAAAUCACGGCAAUACGAGAUACGCUGGAAGAACUCAAGGGGCUGUACACAAGCUUGCCGUCGGCUGAGCACUACUGUAUUGCCAUAAAUAGUCUCACUUCGAUGAAGGAGUCGGUGGCAAAAAAAUUCGCUCUAGACCUGGCAGUUGGCAUGGAAAAGCAACACCGGCGUAAAUUCGAUUCCAGCCAAAGCGAUGGAUGUUUGGACUCGGAAGAGAUGGUGAAGUCGUGGAAUCUACUUAUGACGGUGUACAUGCAAGUAGGAGAGCUGUCUAAAGUACUCGAUCUCUGGAAAGAAAUGACGGUCAAUAAAAUACCACGGAACAGCUUAAGCUUGUUCCUGGUCCUUAAGGUCCUGGCCCAGCAAGAAACAUCGCAGUCAGCCAAUCAGGCGACAUCGAUCCUCUUCAAAUAUCUAUCCAUGGACCGCAAACCCUUUGAACCUACCGCUGAGCAUUUUCGGUGCGUCAUGAUGGCAUGGUGCAACAGUCGAGAUCGCCACGCAGCCUCUCAGUGCCAACGCGUCUUUGAUCGGAUGCUACAAUACAGUGCCGAGUCGCGAAAACAAUCGAGAAGCGACGGCACAGAAAAGCCGACACUAGAGCCACACGCACUUCAUUUUACUGCACUGAUUAAGACAUUGGGAUACAGUCGACGACCCGAUGCUGCCAAGAAAGUGUCGGCUUUGCUCGUUGAAAUGUUGGAGUUGGGUCUAGAUCCUGAUUUGCAAACGUAUACGUCUUUUUUCUCGGCGUUGUCACAUACGAAGAGUCUUCAAGGCGCAGAGGAAGCCCAGGAAUGGUACGACAAACUGCAAAAGGAAUGCUCCAAGGUAGUACUAAAUGUCCACUGUUAUGCGUCGGUUAUGUUCGCCUGGACCAAAAGCGGCGCCGUCGAUGCACCUGAACGAUGUCGAGCUAUCUUUGACGAAUUAUGGAGGGCUUACUUAUCUACCCCUGCGUCCGAAGAAGGGGAUCUCCGUCCAACUAGCGCCGUAUACCGCGCUUUGAUGGAAGCCUGGGCUAGUAGUGGACGAGCGCAGGCACCAGACGAGGUAGAUGCGCUACUGUCCUUAAUGGAGAAAAAGGCCGAGCAGGGCUUGAUCGAUCCCCCUGACAAAAAAGUAUACGCUUUGGUUAUGGCAACUCAUUGGAAACACAAUGACCGCAACGCUGUAGCAAAAGUACAAGACGUAUAUAGUCGCAUGACUGCGAGUUACGAAAUGGGAAAUAUUGCGGCUAAACCAGACGCUCACUGUCAGACUAUAUUGAUGAAUGCUUGGGCGAAGAGCGACGUCCCCGAGCGGGCAAAGAUUGUGUUGGAUCUUCUCCGGGAAAUGUUUCAAGCUUAUAGCCAAGGUGACUUGGAUAUGCAACCCAAUGCCUAUGCCUUGGCGGCCGUGCUGAACGCCUGUGCUUUUGUCGAUAAGGACAAUGAGACUCUUCGACGACAAGCCGUGCAAAUCGCUCUGACUGCGUUUAAUGACUUCUCAAACAGUGAGUUAGAGGGGACGAACCCCUUUAUCUACUGCUAUCUUUUUCGAGUACUUGGCCAUCAAGUCGAUGACAUGGUCGAAAGAACGCGUUUGGCCAGUGUUAUCUUUCAACGUUGCUGCCAGGAAGGAUUCGUCGAUGACCAAGUCAUCAAAAUGAUGAGACGCUAUGUUCCCGUAUUGUACAAAAAGAUUCCAUUGGAUGGCAAGAACAAACCUCGUUUGCCUAUCGGCUGGACGCGUCAACUGGACUAG